AUCAUUUACUUCCUUCUCUCGGCUGUGUACAACCUUUUCUUUCAUCCUCUGAGCAAAUACCCGGGCCCCUGGUGGUACGCUGUCAGCCGUUUGCCCUACACCAUUGAAAUCUUUCGGGGCACCGUCACCUGGACCACCAAGGAGAUGCAUAUGAAGUACGGCCAUGUAGUCCGCAUCGCCCCCGAUACCCUUUCCUUCACGACCAGCCAGGCCUGGCAAGAUAUCUAUGGCUUCCGGCAAGCCAGCACCGGUCGGGGUAACAUCCCCAAGGACCCCAUCACCUACCUCUCGGCUGGCGAUGCCGCGUCGGCCAAGGAGGAUGAUCACCAUCGUCGUCUCCGUCGCAUCCAAUCCCAUGCCUUCUCCGACAAGGCGCUGGUCCUGCAGGAGGCCUAUCUCCACCAGUACACCUCUCUCUUCAUCAAGAAGCUGCGCGAGGAGGUCGAGAAGGUCACCGGCACCGACAGCGGCGCCGCCGUUCUCAACUUCUCCAAGUGGGUCAAUUUCCUCACCACCGAUAUUAUCGGUGACUUGUCCUUCGGGGAGAGUUUCGGCGGCCUCGAGCAGGGCGAGAUGCACCCUUGGCUCGACACGGUCUUCUGGACCCUCAAGGCCUUCACCUACCUCCGAGAGUUAUACCGCUAUCCGCUCCUCCCCAUGGGUGCCAUCCUUGCCUGCAUCCCCAAGGAGAUGGUCAAGCAUCGCGCGGAAGCCCUCUCUUUCGGUGCCACGGCUGCGUCCCGCCGGAUGGCCAUGGAGACGGAUCGCCCUGAUUUCAUGUCGUACAUUCUGAAGAAUUCCCAGGGUGAGAAGGGAAUGUCCCGCCUGGAAAUUGAGGCUUCUGCCAUCACCUUCAUCAUUGCAGGCAGCGAAACGACCGCUACCAUGAUGGCCGGAACCAUGUACAUGCUCUGCAAGUCUCCCGCCACUCUUCGCAGACUCACCGAAACCAUCCGUUCCGAGUUUGCUUCGCCCUCCGAGCUUACCCUCGUCAAGCUGCAGCACCAGGAAUAUCUCAACGCCGUCAUCAACGAGGGACUGCGCCUCUACCCACCUGCGCCUGACGGCCUCUUCCGUCGCACCAAGGCCCAGGGCGCUACCGUCGCCGGCCACUUCAUUCCGCCCAACACCAGCGUUGGCAUCAACCUGCUCGCAGCCCAUCGCCACCCUCUCAACUUCCACCGUCCGGACGAGAUGGUGCCUGAGCGCUGGCUGAAGCCCUGCCCGCCCGAGUUUGAGAAGGACGACAGGAACGUUGUGAAGCCCUUUAGCGUUGGGCCGAGAGAUUGUUUGGGAAAGAACUUGGCGUGGGCCGAGAUGCGCAUGAUCUUGGCGUACCUGGUCUGGCACUUUGAUUUCGAGAUGGUGCCCGAGACCGAAGGAUGGAUUGAGCGGCAGACGGUCUUCAUGCUCUGGAAGAAGUCGGACCUGCUUGUUAAGGUCUCUCUCAGGGAGUUUUAA